GUAGGUACCCCGGAAGUCCCGGCACGUUGUACAAUAGAUGGAGAGAGCGGAAAUCGAUGGGCUCAGCUGGAUCAGGCCCUGUCAAGGCUUCAGUGGACAGGCCCAAGAUGUUUGGAAGUGUUUGCCUCAGUUUAAAAACAAAACAGUGUUCUCCUGUAAACCCCAAUUAAUGUUUGACCCUCCUGUUAUUUGUUUUGUUACAGAGAAACAAAAGCUGAUCACACCUGUCCUCACAAUGGGUCAAUGCGCCGGCAGGCGAGGACUUCCAGUGUCGUCAACAUCGGGAAAGGACACGGGUCCGGGCUCAGUGAUCACCGAGCUCCUGGCAAGCUGGGAUGAUUUCCAGCUGCUGCAGUUGACAGACUUCUACCGGGACAGGCUGGAGCAGGCGAUGGAAGGACGGGUUCACGGAGUGAGCCUGGCGUUAAAGGCUGAGAAACAGUUCAGCGGAGAGGAACAUCGGAAAAUUUCUGAUCUCGCUGAUAAGGGAGAGCGGGCGGACAGUUCUAAACUCCUCCUGAGCCUGGUGAUGGAGAAAGGCUCCCGUGCCCAGAGGGUGAUGUGGGAAACCUUUGUGAAAAUGUGGAAUGAUGUUCCAAUGUUGGACAAAAUACUGAACGAAAUACAGAUAUAUGGUUGUGAUCACUCCCAUCGAUCAAACACCGCUCAAGGUUUAAUCAAGGUUCUCAGUGAGCUGAAAGAUGUUCAACAGAAACACAUGGAGACUCUGCGGGCACAAACUGAAACACUGAGAGUGAACACGAUCCUGAUGAGGGAGAAGGUGAAGGUUUUCCACCUGGUUGAUCGAUACGCUGAGAAAUCGUCAUUUCUGCUGUUCGAGAUCGGAGACUGGUUGAACAUGAGCUGCUGGCAAGACGCAGAGACCACGAGCGUUGGAGAGAGAAACAUCUCCACGGAGAGAUGGAAAAAAUCCAGACUGAUCAGUUAUUCCAGAGCAGCUUUUCCCGAAGUAAAUCCGAAUCUGGGAGAUCAGCAGCAGUGGCCGGAGUCGCGGGGUUUGGGAAAACAACAAUGGUACAAAAGAUUGUUUAUGACUGGGCCACGGGGAAAAUAUUCCAACAAUUCCAGUUUGUCUUUAGUUUCAAAUUCCGGGAGUUAAACUCCAUUAACUGCAGAACAAACCUGAGGGAACUGAUUCUGGAUCAGUAUCCUUACUUUGGGAAUUUCCUGAGAGAUGUCUGGAAGAACCCACAGGGAUUGUUGUUCAUAUUCGAUGGUUUGGAUGAAUUCAAACACAGAAUCUAUUUUGCAGACAAAUGGAGAGAUACAGAACCUAAACACCAGUGUCCAGAUCCUGAGUGGUGGUGUGAAGUGUCUGACAUUGUGUACAGUUUAAUCCAGGGCAAGCUGCUCCCAGGGUGUUCAGUGCUGGUGUGAAGUGUCUGACAUUGUGUACAGUUUAAUCCACGGCAAGCUGCUCCCAGGGUG